AUGCUUCUGGUUUUCGUAUCACUCUUCCUCAACGCCAAUCAGACAAUUGCAAAUACUCAGGUGGCAUCAGUGGGUUUCCAAGCCAGACAUCUAGCUGCGAAUAAUGAUCGCACAUCAGAUCAACAUUAUGCUAACAACUAUAAUUAUCGACACAAUUCACCGAGACCUUUCGUUCAGUAUGACUCCACAGGUGGUUCGGAGGGUGAUAGCGCAGAUGAAGAUGAGUGGAAUGACGAGUCUCAGCAGCAACAAUACCAAUCGAGAAAUCGAGAUGCUGAUCAACGCCAGAUGACGGGUUAUGCGAUCGGCACUGGCGAUGAGGGCGACUUCGACGCACCGAUCGAAAAAGGACACAUCUUCGAGCAAGGGUUCGUUUGCUGA